GGUUCUUCUGGCUAUCUCUAUGUCACACUCAUGAGUACUGAAUCCGAAGUACAUUGCCUGUUAUCGGAAGCCCGCAUUUUGUUUGAGAGAGGACAGUAUCACGAGUCGCUUCAUUGCUGUCAGAAGGCCUACAAUAUUAAGGCUUCUCCAAGUAUUUUACGAAAAAUCGGGCGAAUCAGAGCAUUUACCCUUUCAUCUGAUGAAAAUCAUUGCCCCUCCUCUCAAUCUCCUCCUUCAAGCCCAGUUAAAGAAGUUGCAAAACAUCUGGCCAUCAAAGCCCGCCAUGCGCUGGAUUGUGGAAACUUGAAAGAUGCCCUUCGCUUUCUGAAGGAAUCACACGAAUGCGUGCCUUCCGCGAAAAUUGCGGCGAAAAUAAAGAAUUUGGAAGAGGCUAUCAGCAACGACAUUCAAUUACCUUCGUGCUCUAGUGAACAAAAUAGCGCUUCCUCUGAUUUGAAUGUAGACGAAAUGAUACUUGAUGCACGUGCGUGCUAUGAGGAUGGGGACUUUACUGAGUGUCUUCGGUUAUUGCAAAAAGUCCAGGAAAUUGCACCUUCCGAUAAAAUAGAAAGAAAAAUCGACAGAAUCAAAAAGCAUCUGCGUAGCGAGAAUAUCGAACCGGUUAUUCCGAAGAAAACAGACGUUGUGGCCGUAGCCACCGGGUUCCAUCUUCCUCGCAGCUUGUACGAUAAACUCUAUCCAUACCAGCGGGAUGGUGUCCGUUGGCUUUGGCGUCUACACAAUACAGGUCCUGGUGGAGUUUUGGCUGACGAUAUGGGUUUAGGAAAAACACUUCAGGUGAUUGCAUUUCUCUCCGGUCUGUUCCUGGCGAAUCAGCGUCGCCUCAGCAUUCUGGUCAUAAUGCCUGUCAGUGUCCUGAUGACUUGGGAAUCGGAAUUGAAACGUUGGGCUCCUUCCCUCCGCGUAGCUUUAUUCCAUGACGCAGGCAAAUCCACUCGCUUGCAUCAGCUGUCUUCAAUACAGAAGCACGGUGGAAUACUAUUGACAACCUACGGGAUGGUGACUUCCAGCGCCGUGGAUUUAAGUACGGAUAUCAACGCCGAGCCGCAAUUCUUACGAGCCGUACCGAAACAAUCGGAAAGACGGCAGGGCAGUGAAUUUGUUUGGGACUAUAUGAUUUUGGAUGAGGCGCACAAAAUUAAGAAUCCUGCCGCUAAAACCACCAAAGGGGUUCUUAGCAUAUCUGCACAACAUCGCAUUCUACUCACCGGGACCGCUGUACAAAAUAGUCUACGUGAAUUGUGGGCGUUGUACAAUUGUACGCACAGCGGCAGGCUUUUGGGACGCCUGAUCACGUUUAAAACCGAGUAUGAAAGGCCCAUAACCCGAGCUCGAGAAAAAGACGCUAGCAGAGCAGAAAGAGCUCAUGGUCAUCUGAUGGCACAAAGUUUGCGCAAGCUCAUUGAUCCUUAUUUUCUCAGACGUACCAAGGAUGAAGUUUUACCCUCCAUUACAGCACACAGCCUUCCAGAUGGUCAUAUGGAUAAUGUUCCUACACAGACUGCAGAUAUUGAGGCGAUGCCAAAGAAACACGAACUUGUGAUCUGGCUGUAUCUAAGGCACAUACAAGAACGGAGUUACCGAGACUUUUUGGAAUUGGACCAAGUUAAAGCCCUCUUAUUGAGACAGGACCGGCGUUCCCCAUUGAUGGAACUACUCAUAUUGAAGAAACUCUGUGAUCACCCGCGUUUGCUUUCUGUGGAACAGUGUGCAUCUUUUAACCUGGAGGCGACGCACUCGUCUGGACAAGCAUACUCUAAAGUGCAUCUUCCCUCUGCAGCUCAAUUGUGCGAUGAGUCUGGUAAACUCAUGUUCCUCCGAUCCUUAAUGAGCACUUUUUUGGAUGAAAAGCUCUCGAACUCCGAAAAUCCACCCCGGACUUUGAUUUUCUCCCAAAGUCUUCGCUUUCUGGAUAUGGCCGAGAAGGUCAUUUUAGCGAUCAAUGACCAACCAGAGCACGUCUCUCGUUCUUUGAAGCAUCGGAUCCUACGCUUGGAUGGUCGACUGGCUAAGGUAGAUGAGCGCCUGCAAGUUAUACGAUUGUUCGAACGGGAUACAUCAUACACCGUCAUGCUUCUGACCACACAAGUCGGCGGUGUGGGUUUGACUUUGACCGCAGCAAAUCGCGUCAUUCUCCUAGACCCAAGUUGGAAUCCGGCCACCGAUGCGCAGGCAGUGGAUAGAGCUUACCGCAUCGGUCAGAAGUCCAAUGUGAUUGUGUACCGCCUGAUAACGUGUGGUACAGUCGAGGAGAAAAUAUACCGUCGUCAGGUGUUCAAGGAUUCCGUCGUGCGUCAAACCACCGGCACGGGGAGAAACAAGUCUGACAACGACCCUUACCGUUAUUUUACUCACCAAGAUUUGCGUGAAUUGUUCACUCUUGGCGAUUCCCGUGUCUCAAAAACGCAACAGCAGCUGGCAGCUCUCCAUCCUGAUACAGACAAAUGGUCUGACGAGGUUCUCCGUCCACAUCUGACUCUUCUCACUGGCGGAACUUUUCAGGACACUGUGUUCGGUCUUUCUUUUCAUGAUCUCAUGUUCACUCGGGUCGAGCCGAUCGAGCAGUCCAAUGAACUCGCUAGUAAUGAUCACGAAUUGUAUCAGAAUCGCAUGAGAGCAGCUGAGUAUGCUAUUGCACAGGAGUGUGCAAUUGCCACAGGUCCACUUACUCGUGAUCUUGCCAAUAUUCACGUGCAUGAUGAACGCAUCUUUCGAUUACCCACUUUUGCGGCAAUUUCGAUUCCAUCACAUGCGGACUCCAAACGCCCCAUGUUAAAUCGUCUGCCCUUGGGCCCCGGUGCUCAGUAUCCCAGUCCUCCAAAACACAUCAAUAGCCCGGUGCUUAUUUCUGAUACAGAAGAUCUCGUUGACAACCAACUGGCCGCAAGCCUUCGAGAAAUCAGCAUAUCACAGCAACAUACGUCAGAUAAUUUCGAUCCUGAUGACCCGGUGAAAUCAGGAAAUACCGGUAAUGGUGGCACUCGUGGGAACUCCGCAAGCUCCGAGGUGUUAUCGGGCUCUGUCACUGAUGCUAAGUCAGCAGAUUCAUUCAUCUGCGAGUCGGCUAACAAUGCAGUCCAUUUGUUCCCUGAGUGUCAGUUGAUCUCGGAGACUUCCAAGAGCGGCAAUGUUCUCCAAUCUGGGUCUUCCGAUUCAAUUCGCGUUCGUUCUACACCCUCCUCAGGGACGUGCGAUAAAUCUUUCUCGACUAGUUUCAUGGUUCAACUUCCUGGGUCCACGCCAGUCAACGCACGGUUCCUUCGUCAGCCUAUGCCAGCUCACACACCUCUCUCUAAGUUUUCCAAACACACUCCAUCUCCCUUGACACACGAUGAUCAAUGUCCAGGUUUUGUGAAAUCAGUCGUCUCGACCUCACAAACACCUACAUCUUCUGACGACGAAGAGGAGGAUGAGCCUAUUCUAAUGGACAUAACGACACCCAUGGAUGACGUUGACUUCGGACACACUGUACAUAUGAAAUCACUUCACGAGAUUCUUGUCAGAUCAGGCAUUUUCCAACAGCAUUCGGAGGAGCAAUUUGAACAAUCAUCCCAGUCUUCAGCAAUUGUUAUCGAAGACUCGGACUUAGGUGUGACCUCGGACCAAUUGGCAGAUGCCGAUACGAAUGUCGUGGACGAGACAGCGGAGAUGGUCGAGGACAGACUGUCGGUAUGACUUAUCCAUAACGCGACGCACUUUCCUCGUUCUUAUCAUGACCCCUAUUCGCUUGUUUUCAGCGCUCAAAUUUACUUCCUGUCUCUUUAACAGUUGUCUUUUCACUGCAUUUGGUCGAACACCAACUCCUGCACUAGUUGUCCAUCGGUACUUUUGUCUUGUACGCGUCUCUAGGCAGUUCAGUCCAAUUUACUCAACCAACUGUUGUCCGAUCACUGAAGGAUGGUGAAUGCAGGUGUCAUGACUGGAAUAAUGAGGUGGAAUUGUCAGACAGCAACAGAACACAGAUAAGCUAGCAGGCACAAAUUCGUGGGGGAAAAGACGAUUAUCGAUUUACAAGGGCACUAACAAGGAGUAAAAGUAGCACCGAUUUCGCGAUCAUGUUAUAUCCUAUACGGUAUCUAACCCAUGAUGUGGGCCUAUCCAAAUGCCCCAAUCCAGGGAGAUAUCACACACUACUUAUGCUCCACAUUUCUGUGAGGACGUUCAGUUGUCUUUUUGCCAUAUCAUCUCGGUUUCCAUGCAACUUCGAAGCAGUCGGUCAGCUGGCAUGAGAUAAGCACCACACAUCAUUAAAAGGACACAGAAAGGCCAUCCGACAGACCACAGUAACACUGAUUCAUUGUUCUCAUUGUGUAAGGGCAAUAUUACGCUCGCACCAGUUGUUAAGUAUGGCCGGUUUCUCGGUAUCCUCAGUGCACAAUGUCUACGUCUGAUUUACACAAUAACUGGCUGCACGGCGGCGUCUCAAGCCCUUCCUUUCAACAAUUAGUUCGUGUUACCUCAUCGUAUCAGUGCGUGCCGCACUUCCCCCCGGUGAUUUGACUUGCAGACAGGAUAUAAGUACUUCGAUAUGUUCACUUGCGAUCACUUUAUUAUUCAACGGUACUAAGGACCAACGGUGUAUCGGUUCAGUUUUAUAGUUAUAUUUUUCUUUAUGAUCGCUCUCAGGGAAAAAUACUUAUAUCGUCCGCGUGCUCUGGAUUCGUCAUACAGUCAUUCACAGCUUAUCUACUCUGGAAAAAGCAUACAGAACGUAGUCGAUCAUGAUCAUUAGAAUCAUUUAUUGGCAACAAGCUUUCACAGCACCAUAGUCUGCUCUAACCUUAAACAUGUUUUCCGAUCCCUGUUCACUGCGUAACUCUUCCCAUUAACACCAAGUGUAUUCAUGUUUACCCGCGUUAUCAAAGAUGAUGUUAUCUCAGUGCUGCCCUUUACCCCCAGUACUAAAACAGACGUGGCGGACGCGUCUUGUGCGCUUUUAAUACACAGGCAUUGGCUGCGCUGGUGCUUUGCACCGCCUGAACGCUUUGUUGGGUGUCCAUCUGUAGGUGAACAUAGCAAAAUUUCGUGACUACGCUUACACGUUACUAGUUAUUUCAAGCGUCUGCCAGAAUAUGAGAGAAAUCCAGUUUCGCACCCAUAUCCAGUGUUUGCGGACUGCAAACCAUUGCAUGCAUAUGUAACGCCGUGGGUCCACACUCUCUUCUAGAGAUAUAUACUGGUUGCUUUUGCUGUUUUGAAACGUCCACGCGGUACCACCUCAUUACUAUUACUUAAUGACUUUAAACUAGUCAACUGUCCAUAUCGGAAAUGCAGCAGUUCGCACUCGCAUAGCAUGCACUCUGCAGACCCCAGCAAUUUCAAAGUGCGGUACUACUGAGAUUGAUCAGUCGAAAUGGCCGAUCCUUAAGGGCAGUGCUGCAGGGAAUCCGGACGGUACAUUCCUUUCUGUCUGUCUACCAGUUUUGCACCAUUCCGUUUCCAGGUAGCAAUUGGUGCAUCCGCCAACUCACGGGUCACUUGCGUAGGCUUUUCCACCCUUUCCCCUGUGUGGUGUUCACAGUCGAAACCCACUCCACAAUCGUCCGGAACAGACUUCCAAGAAAAUGACCACCAAUAAUUGCUAACCUGAGGUGUUGUCCCGUUCCGGCGGCGCGCGGUCCACUAAGCUCCGCAUGCAGGCCAUAAACACGAGGCGACCUGUCACUAUUCCAAGUCAGAUCGCUUUAAACCGCAGCGGUUCCUCGAUCGUCCAAUGGGCUGUCUAAUCCAGCCGCCGGUUCGAGCCUGUGUGAGUAUGGGUUACCUCACGACAUCCCUAAGCCGCACGCAAUCGCUGUGGUCGUGUGGUAGCGAAGUUUUGGCACGAUGUGCCGGCAUACUCUUGUUGCCCUUCUCUCAACUUGAGCGAGGCGCGUCCCCUUCACGGCGUCUAUUCUAUUUCGAUUAGGGUCCUUCCGUGCCGCAGGUAGGGCCGCAUUUAUCGUGCCCUUGAGAAGGCUUUGCAAAGCUGUCAGCUUCAUCCGAUCAUCUUGAAGUUCUCCAGGAGGCUCCGAAUAUUCCCCCUUCCAACGGCUUCGGUCAGUGGAUCUUCAUUUUCUUUCUUGGGAAGGCCACGGUACCUGUUGUGGAGAACCUAAUUAGUGCAGACAAGUUGUUUAUUGCAACGGCGAACAUCCAUAGAGGAUAUCGGGCCCUACUCGUUAAUGCAGCGCGCACAUCAUGCUUCCCUCCGUUCCGAAGAACUUGAAUUUACCACUUCCGUUUGUCCAUCCCUGCAUUUCAUAGCAAGCAUUUGUAUUGGUCCACGGUUUUCCGUUCUUGUUUUCUUGUUUGUGCCAUGUUGCUUACUCGUAGUCUACCACGGUAUCACUGAGUAGGUUACUGUGUACGUUAAUAAGAUUCGAGUUACUUUUCAUAAAAGUCUUCUAUCGAGGCAGUGGGGUAUUAUUUUAUCAGUUGAGAGCAGGGUGUACAGAGCUAGAGUACGUCUUGUCACUCUGUGCCUUUUGAGGCCAUUGAGAGGUAACUCAUAUUUGACCACUGGCGCUUGCGAAACGUUCUUCAUACUUCACGAAGACAUCGAGUGAACUGAUGUUCAGCAUUGGAACGGCAUUUGCACUAGAAUCGCGAUUACGUUGAUCGAACCAGGUUUUGGUGUGCCGCAUGCAACUAGCUGGACGCAGUUCCAGUGCUGAUAGUCGAUAGCUUAUCAAUAAAAUACGAGGGAACUCCCUAAGAAACUGAGUCAGGUUGGUGCUUAUUGUCCCACAUUAGGAGAGCUAUGUACUAGGUCAUAUGAGCCGUUAUGCAUCAUAUGCGAUAUGUUUUGUUAGGAAUUCUUUAACGUAUUCCCAUUUGUUCUCCGAAUUUUGGCUCCUCAAAUUGAUGGUUAUGAAGUGCGUUCCUCUGGCCUCUCUUCUGUUAACUCUACUUGUGCGAACUUCAUGGAAUUUCCACGGUACUGAUUUUCGUUAGCAAGACGAGUCACUGCAGCCGGAUCAACAUCCGCUGCUUGGAUCGUACCAGUUUUUCUAAUAAGUUUAUACAGCUUAGGCCGCCCGUUUGCUUAUGAAAAUCGGUUUCAUUCGGUGCUCACGUCAAAGAUUAAUACUUGCGGCAGUCUGAUCGUGGGGCUUACUUUCCUGAUGUUGGUAACGAAUAGAUCCCGUGAAUACAAACCUCUUUUUGGCAUUUCGAUUGCGACGGUGAAUACCGCUUCAAAAUCUGCUUCUGUGGAUCGUUUUAAGUAGUUUGUUGGUGGUGGCGGAUGUCGGCAGCUUACAAGUCGACGCCUGCGGAUGAUGUGCGCAUCCUGUUUAUCGCCUCUUUCAUUAAACACCAAUGCUUUCCACCCAAUAUCUAACAAUGGAAGCUUUCACGCCCGCGAUUCGCUGUCAAAAUUACCGUGUGGUUUUCGGAAACCGUAGGGGAACUGACUCACAUUUUCCUUUUGCACAAAACAAAGUUGCGCGUUACAUUCGACGUAUAAAUUGUAACGGAUUUCACAACUCCUGAUGUGCGCACCAACACGCAGAAUAAUCGCCAACAGUAUACUCCAUACAGCGAACAGUAAUAUCUCGCUGUUUACCUAUCGCAUCACCGAGAUCAAGUGGCCGACCGUUUAAUCGAACUCUUGUAGUGUGUUUUGCAGAAACACAUCCAUGUUAUUUCGCUGGCUAAUAAUUUAUCUCCCCAACUUAGGCAAACUUUUCCAGAAUUCCUCAGGAAUGGUGAAGUUUUAUUAUCAGAAGUACGUAACAUUGACUAGCGAGUGGUAAUUACGUGAUGGUCACAAAAGAGCUUUUUAUGUGUACUUGGGGAACGCCCCCUCGCCACGGUACACCCGGCAUUGUUUUUUUUAACUCUUAGUACCGAACUUUGAUUACACAAAUGAAUUGCAAUCACGUGGUAACAGCACCUAAUCACCAGAUGUGUCGGGUACAGCAUAAAAUACUUGCAUGCAAAGGAUUUGACUCUACUAGCUAUAAAAAAUUGCAGCGAAAAGCACUCACUCUUGGGCUGGACACCCACACGUGCCGAAAUAUUGGACUUCACGGUUUUAUACUUAAACAGCAUGCAGUUAGAAUCGGCACAGGGAUGUUUUGACUUAAAUUUUCUUUUGUGUCGUUCAUUUUCACCUCUAGCCGACUCUGCCGGAUCACUCAGUAGACCCACCCCGAUGUCACGAAGAUAGUGGGGAGAAGUUGGAAAUGUCCACCAAGUGGGACGAGAAAGAUGCAAACAAAGCUGAAGACUCGCAGUCAAGAAUUAUCAUUUCUAAUUAUCAUUUCAUUGUCUGUGAGUAAUGUGGACCUUAGUAGAGGAGAGUAGCGGGACGAGUG